GUUGCGAUGGGAACCUUGGGCAAAUACUGCGGUAAUUAGUUGUCGUAACUGUCUGAGAUAGCACCUGGCCGGUCAAAUAUUGGCAAACAAACACCUGUCUUACAAGUCUACACAGAACCACUGCCGAGGCCGUACACUAAAGCCAAGCGUUACAGGGCAACGCAAGGAUGGCGGGAAAAAGUGUUGUCACCAUGGUGAUGACGGUGAGCCUUGUCGUUCUUCUGAGGGACCAGACCGGCGUGUCGUCUGCGCCUGCUCCUGCUCCCGAACCUAAACUUACCCUGGACAUCGUGGCAGCACGACUUGAGAAGGCUGAAAAGCAGCUGGGAUCGUUACAAAAGGUCGCCUAUGGGCCCGCCCUGGCGGAAACACAGGACUCGGUCGCUGCCGUUGCCGCCCAAUUGGAGGAUGUCGACACUCGAGUCGUCGUCCUUGAGUCGAGGGUCACGGAGAAUCAGGAAAGGGCCGAGGAGGAGAAACUCGCCUUCCUGUCACGAAUUGGCAAGGUGGAAACCGACAUGCAAGGCACCAAGGGGGAACUGGCCCGCUUAAAGAACAUGGAGACCAAGAUCCAGACGCUACACCAAGAGCAAGAAGCCUUGGCCGCGGACAUGGCUACCUUUGAAGAGAAAGCUGAGAUACUGGAGCAGGUGGAGCCGAUGUUGGAGAGAGUAGAGGGCCUGGAGAACAAGGUGGUCAGCGGGGCGCAGCUGCACGAGGACCCGAACAGCGUGGGCACGGCCCCGUCCGGCUCUGGGUUCGACAUCGACGCCAUCAUGGCACAAAUCCAGGAGGCUCUGCAGAGCAUGGUAGGAAACCGUGGUGAGCCAGACGGUUGGAGCUGCGAGCGGGGAAUCGGGACAAUCGGCGGGAGACUGCCAGGUGAGAUUUGGAGUGUCUUACCGUGGGACAACCUCCGUGACGUCAACAGGGAGGACGUGCCAACGCUGGGACAGCCAGACACCAAACGCGCACUACUACACACCUGAGAACUUCCCGUCAUACGGACUGGAGGGAAACAAUUUCUGCCGGAAUCCGAGCGAGUCGGCCAGGCUCUGGUGCUACACCACGGACGUAGGCAUGG